AUGGCUUGGAAAUACAGAGCAGGGUUGGUUCUCAUGGUCAUUGUUCUUUUCAUCUGGGUCACCUCUUCAGAGAUUACACAGGGAAUUUUCACAAGCUACAGACAUCCAUUUGCAGUGGCUUAUCUUGGAACUUCUCUUUUGAUAGUUCAUCUUCCAAUAGCAUUCGCCAAGGAUUGGCUUCUGAGAUUUCUGAGCCAUCGACGUCGUAAGCAGAAACCCUCUGCAGAAUCUGAUUCUCAACUAAAACAUGAGAAUGUGAGUGUCACCUUGGAAAAUCAUGACCUUCGGACACCAUUAAUGGCUGAUAAUGCUAACGUUGUUGACAAAUUGGACAAAAAUAGGAAACUUACCAGAAUGGAAACUCUAGUUUUUGGAUUCUGCAUUGCUCCUGUCUGGUUUCUGACAGAGUAUUUGACGAACGCUGCACUUGCGCGGACAAGUGUUGCGAACACAACAUUACUAGGUUCAACAUCAGGACUCUUUACCCUGUUGAUUGGUGCAGCUUUGGGGCAAGAUUCUAUCAAUUCGAUAAAAGUGAUUUCUGUUGUCAUCAGCCUGGUUGGUGCUUCUAUGACGACAUUUGGAAGCACAUGGUUUGAAGAUCAAACAGCGCAAUACAACAUGUCUUUAAACACAAAGCAUUCUCUUCUAGGAGAUCUUUUUGCUUUUCUCUCAGCCAUGACCUACGGGUUAUUUUCCGUGCUACUUCAGAAGUUUUCAGGAGAACAAGGAGAAAGGGUAGACAUACAGAAAUUAUAUGGAUAUAUUGGAUUAUUCACAUUUCUUGGCCUCUGGUGGGUAGUGUGGCCACUAAGUGCUGCAGGUAUGGAACCAAAGUUCGAGUUUCCUCACUCAGCUAGAAUUGGUGGGAUAAUCCUCCUCGAUGGUAUUGUUGGAAAUGUAUUCUCUGAUUAUUUAUGGGCACUGGUUGUUGUUUGGACCUCCCCACUGGUUGCUGCACUUGGUUAUUCGCUGACCAUACCUCUUGCCAUGCUAGAGGACAUACUGAUACAUAAGCAGGGCUGUUCACUCAUUUAUAUCAUUGGCUCAGCACAGGUAUUCCUGGGGUUCGUAAUAGCUAACCUUUCGGAUUGGAUUUCACAAAGGUUGAGAUGGGAAAUCUUCAACAAUUCUUUUGCUCUGCCUAUUGCUCUAACCUGA